AUGGCGGCAAAACGAGAAAAGGUAGAAACACGAGAAGAAAUAGUUUUGAAACAUUAUUUUCUUUGUUUUAUUUUGUUUAAAUUGCUUUUUAAUACUCUAUUACAGCAAACACCUUUUAAUUGGAAACCGAUUCAGAGAAAGCCCUUGUAAGUAUCAAUAAAAUCAAGGAAUAUAAAUAUUUUCAAUUGUGCCAUAUGGAGGCAAAGCUCGAGCUUAACAAGAAUAGGAAAAUCGUUUUCCUGACAUCAGCCUUUUGCAAAUGAUUAACUUUAUUUACAUGCUUUUUGUAUUUCAAGUGACAACAGCCGUGUUAUCAGAUUCAAAUGUUCACUUCAGAAUACCAUUAUAGACGUCCUUCGUUCCAAGGGGUGGACGGAAAUCAGAGAGUAAGUUUAGCACUUUUCAGUUUGUCACAGAAAAUAUAAUAAGCUCAAAUUUUUUCGCUACAGUAUUGUAUUAAUAUUUCAUUACUUUUAAAACUGAAGGUUCUUAGUACUUAAAACUGCUUUGUUUAGAAAGGUUAGGUAGGUUUUGUUAUCAGGCAUUUGUUACCAUAGCAACGGUGCAGGGUUUUGGUAGCUUUUAGGGUAACAUACAUUGUAUAUGACGAACUCAGUUAUUUUGAUUGACAUUUGUAGAAAUGAGCCAAAGAAGUCGACCAUUUGGUCCAACAUGUGACUCAUUUCCCUUGCUAUCCACAAUAUUAUUUUCUCCAGUCAUGCCAAAACAGUAGCCUGCAAAAACAGAUGUUUCUCCUCGCUCAUCUCUGCUGGGGGAGAUUUCACUAGGAGGAACGUCUGGGACUCAGCAACAGAAAUUCCAUACUGGUGACGCAAAAUCUGUCCGGAAUCAGUUCAGAAGCACUGAUUGGACGAUGGAGUAGUUACAUUGUUUCAGCUAUUGUUUAUGAAAGGCAGACAAAAGACAAAAGGCCACAAAGGUCAAAAGUAAACACGAUGAAUCUAUAACAAAACAGUCAAUAUUUGUGGAAUAUGUUCUUUCCUAGAAGAAAUAUUUGAGGUUUGCUGGAGCUCGUUCGCAGAUGAACACAACACUUUACCAAAAUCGAUCAGGAGAAACGCAAAAUUGAACAACAAAAAAAAUCUGCAUUUAGAACCCCAUGACUACCGGAUUUAUUAUGUAAACAUUGAUUUACGUCAUCAGUAUGGAAUUUCUGUCGCUAAGUCGCAGACGUUCCUCCUCUCGAAACAUCCCCAGUGGCGAAGAGCAAGGAGACACAGCUGUUUUUGCAGGCUAGCCAAAACAGCUGAGCUAGCUCGCCUUCUCCUUUCCCUUUUUUUGAACAACAAUUUAAUGGUGGGCUCCUGAUUUGGUACAGUGGAACUUGAUAUAACGAGGGGCCAAGGAACUGGCAAAAUUUGUUCACUAUAAUGAGGUUUCCUUAUAUCGAGGACCUUCUUUUCCAUGAGUUUUACUAUUACUAUGGCAAAGAAAAUCAUUUGUUAUACCAAGACUUUGUUAUAUAGAGGUUUUGUUAUGUUCAGGUUCCACUGUAAUUAGCUCCUUAUUUAACUUUUAAAUCUUCUCCCUAACAGUGAAGGAGAGUGGGAUUUUUACUGGUGUGAUGUGGGAUGGAUGAGAGAGAAUUUUGACCACACAUAUAUGGAAGAGCAUGUCAAGAUCUGUCAUUUUAGGAAUCAUUAUGAGGUAUUAAGAUAAUACACUGCUUCCCUGUUACAUUAUAUAAAAAAAACUUAGCUCUACAUUCUCUCUAACAUUGCAUCUUUGCCACCUGCCAUCCAUGGUUAUACUGACAAGAAGCAACUAGUACAGGCAACUCUUACCUUGUAGUACUUCAUUGAUGUGGACAACGAUUGAAUCCCUUCAAGUAUUGGCUUACAGACUUGGUCCCAAAAUAUUGUUCUAACUUGAUCAUAAUGGACACUGAGCAGGAUUUUUCAAUAUUGAGAGACAAUAUUACUACCAUCCAGUUUUUUUUUAUUAUUUUCAAUUGUGUAAGUUUUUGCUCUUUUUCUUUUUAAUAGAGGUUCUUAAACUCAUUUGUUGCACACCAAUAAUACAGGACAUCCUCUAGGUAUUGCGCCAGUCCACCCUCUAUUUACUGGCCAGUUAUGGGAGUCCUGGUAGACAAAAAGUAAUUGUCACUAAAAAAUUACUGAUCAAUGGCAAAACCUCUAUCAACCCAUUCUUGCCUCAACUGCCCAUCCAUUGUUUUCAAUACUGUCUUGGGAACUGUUAUCCACCCCAUCUGAUACCACCCUCCUUAGUCUGCAUAAUUCUUUAUCAUCAUACUCAAAAUUAUUUACUAAUAUUAUUGCACAAAGAUGUAUAAUAAAUUUCGAGGCAAAUCUUGGAGUUUAAAUUGCUGUGUUAAAAAUGAACAUAAUUUUCCAUUUUUUUUUUCUAUUUGGAAACAUUUUCUUUAAAACCACCUAUAUAGCUUGUAAAGUGUUUUUUAGAGGUAGAAGGUUUUCCAGCAAAUGUUUUAGGUACCACAAAAUCACCAAGAACAAAAUAAACAAAGACAAAUUUUGUGUAUUUUUUGGGCCUCAUAAUUCUUGCUUCACUGGCCAAGUUUGUUUAGGCAGGGUUGCUAGUGGACAUACGUUGGCUGUAUUUUUGAUCCAUUGCUUUCUCUUUGAUAUUUUUUAGUUGACUCGAAAGAAUCUCAUGGCCAAAAAUUUAAAGAGGCUCAAGAAACAACUGGAGAGAGAAUUUGGGAAACUUGAAGCUGCAAAGUAUCCUUGCUUAAAUAAAUACUUUUAUAACCAUAGCUAGUGGAUUUGUCAGAUGAAGAGACACUUGUGUGGAUAUGCUGGUCAACAUUAUAAUAAAUAAUAAUAAUAAUAAUAAUAAUAAUAAAAUAAUAAAAAUAAUAAUAAUAAUAUUUAUAUAACGCUCAUGCUUUUAAGUGCUAAGCGCUUAAACAUCAAACCAUUAUUAUUAUUAGUAGUAGUAGUAAUAGUACUAGUAUCCUUCACCUGUAUAUCAAGCCUUUUUCAGGAAAUUGCACCUUGAAUAUAAGUCCUGCAAACCAUAGUUUAAUCUAGGAGUUGUUUAGAAGAGUCAAAAUCUAAAUGGUAAAGAAAUAUUAUGAAGCCAAGAAUCCUCUUGCUUUAGCGGUCAAUAUCUUAUCCCCCACGAUUUAGUUUUGAUAUGUGCGCUUGACGAUCUCUGAAGAGAAAAUAGAGGGUAUGUGUGGUAUGUGAACAGGGCAACAUUCCCUACACGCCUGUCUCAGCAUGCACUCUUAAUAAUUAAGUGUUUCCUGGUGUAGGAAUGGAGGUUAAAUGAUUAAUGUGAGAACAAGGAAUUGUUAGAUAUGACAGGUGGGUUGCCUACAGGGAAACAUGCCCGGUUUGUGCAGUAAAUCUGCAGCUGAGUAACUGUGGAAUAACAGAGCCUUACAUGUAAAACAAAACCGCCCUUCACUUGAUCGAAUAAACGCUGCGACGUUUACUCGAAUAAAUACGGUAUCUGCUUCUUUGUAGUAUUUUGAGGCCAAGUUGCGGUCACCUGGAGGUAUUGAAUACGUACCCUAGAACAGGAGUUUUAACAGAGUAGACUAACCAUGUGUACUCAAGUUUGCGAUAGAUGUUUGAGGGUAAAGUAGUGAGCUAAGCGAUGUGGAGGAAAUUUUCAGCAGUAAAACAACUCAAGUUACCAGGGACAAAGAGGGAAAGUUUGACAAACCCGUUUGUAAGUGUUGAUUUUAAUGGCCCAGAACAUCAAGCUUGUUUAAUAUCGUAAAAAAAAGUAAGCAGGAUUUGUUUUUACUCGGUUUUUUCCGUCAUUACAGUGAAGCUCACUACGAAAUAGAUUACUUUGAAAACUAUACUGCUGUUUGCACUGCAGGCUUUUUUUAACGUCAGAUGCCAUGACUUGGCGGCUCGAGUUUUUGUUGACGUGUCUCUAGUAUUUAGUAGUUUAAUGUGCAAAAAACACCCUUCCUCGGCUGUGCUUAAGAAUGCAGCGGAGCUGUUGGCCCGGUUUUGUUAGACGUUACUACACUUCUAGUACUUAAAAGCAGGUUUUAAUAUUUAUUGUCUUUUACUUGUAUUGGGGAGGAAGUAGACUGAAGCUUGGACAAGUCAUGGCUGGCGUUACUGCCCAAAAGUAUUGUUAUGGUUGGCUUGCACGUUGGUAAAUGAGUUUAUGACUUUCGCUUAAAUCAAAUCAAAUCAAAUCACUGGUUUAUUGUCCCUUUUGUAGCCGGAAGGCUGAAUUGUAGGAUACCUUACAAGCUGUGAUAUAUAUACUAAUACGCUACAUUUAUUGACAAGAUUGAUAUUUAUAAACACCAACAAAAUUUGAGAAACGUUCUGCAGUCCUUGUGGCCAUGGGCCUGCUAGAACUCCCUGAUCUUAGACACACUGGUAGAUAUAGGUACUACUCUGUUGUGUAUUAGUGACUCUUGUUUUUCAGGGGUCGUUUUGUGCAUUAACGACACUCUACCCUAUAGUUUGCAUGAAAACACCAGGCUAUGAUUUGUAUGAUACGCUUCUUUAACAGUUCUGUGCUGUCCGGCUGUGUUAGCUUUUUGUCUUUCCCUUGUUUUUAAUUUGUUAGCCCAUUUAUGAACUAUAAAACGGCGUUAUAGGUUAUUCCUGCUAGCAGCUACUGUCUGUUUUAUUCUGGUGAGUUUUAUGCCGCUUCACCCUCUUCUUCUUCUUCCUCGUCAAAGUCGCCAUCAAAUUCAGCUGUAGCGUCUUGGUAUUGCUGGUACUCUGACACAAGAUCGUUCAUGUUAGAUUCGGCCUGUGAAAAAAAAAAUCAGUGAAACUAAUCACUUUUAUAACAAGGAAUGUCUUCUUUGAAGCUAUUUUUCUUUAAGACCUACAAAGUAGGCCUUCCAAACUUCAAGUCAACUUCGCAGGCAUGCCGGUGGUAAAGAACUGCGAUGUUUCUUGUUGCCGGUGGCCUUUAUGUCUUCAUAUGUCGGAGUAGUACCGCAGGCAGCACCGGUUGCUAUGUCGCAGGUACUUCAGGGGCAUUAUUUAUUGAGAGCCAGGCUUAAGUUAUCGUAGGCCGAAAUGAUCAUAAAGAGACCCUGAAAACGGAAACUGAGAUGUUUGCACUGCCUUGAAGAGUAUUAUACUAUAUGAAGAUAUUCGUUCCUGACCUCUUGUCCAUACAGUUAAACCUUUUUUUACCUCAGUGAAUUCCAUUUCAUCCAUGCCUUCGCCAGUGUACCAAUGCAAGAACGCUUUGCGCCUAAACAUAGCAGUAAACUGCUCUCCGAUUCUUUUGAACAGUUCCUGUAUAGCGGUGCUAUUACCAACGAAAGUACCAGACAUCUUCAGUCCACGAGGAGGGAUGUCGCAGACCGCGGUCUUGACGUUGUUGGGGAUCCAUUCCACGAAGUAGGAGCUGUUCUUGUUUUGAACAUUCAGCAUCUGUUCAUCCACUUCCUUCAUGGACAUACGGCCACGAAACAUGGCUGCCACCGUCAGAUAACGACCGUGCCUUGGAUCACAUGCAGCCAUCAUGUUCUUGACAUCAAACAUCUGCUGGGUUAGUUCAGGUACUGAUAGUGAUUGGUAUUGCUGGGAUCCUCUGCUGGUGAGGGGUGCAAAUCCAGGCAUGAAGAAGUGAAGACGAGGGAAAGGAACCAUGUUUACGGCCAGUUUCCUGAGAUCAGCAUUCAGCUAUAAAAAGGAUGGGGAAACGGCGUGUCUUAAUAGAAACCAGCGACUAACACCUAUGACGACCACAAUGUUAUACUUUGUAUUUCUACAAAAAUUUCAUAGCCUAUUCCAGGCGCUCACCCCCUUGCUUUUUUUCCUUGUUAAAUCUUUUUGCGCCUUUCCUACAGUUUGAACGCCUGAAAAAAGGCUAAAAAUUUAGAAAAAAAAAUGUAUGGUUCAACAAAAUCAAUGACUCCCAGUAGGCUAGGUCAGUAAAGUGGUUCGGAAAGUUACGCUCGGCUGUCUGCUCAAGGAGAACGUGAACUGAAACCUGCACGAACGUCAAUGAAUGCGCUUAUUGUCAAGAUCUUAUACUCGAGAAAACGAUAUACCAAGCGCUCACCUGUACGCUAAGUAAGGGGCCUGUGUCAUACAGUUUACUAUUAGGGUCCUGUGCUAUACAUUUUACCAUAACAUAAUUGGUGUCGAAGAAAAUCAAUGGUUAUUUCGGUGUCCUUUUAGAUAGGGGUUCAUUAUAUCGAGGAUUCACAUUAUGUGUGAUGGUUCAGUGUUUGAAUACUGUUUUCACAAUUUGUGGUUUGCAACCACGUGACAGGACGGCCAUUUUGGGGGUCAAUACAAUAGAAUUUUUUGUGGAAGAAUUUACAUGAAAACAAAGCUUAGUUCCCAGAGGAGAGAAAUGAUUUUGCUCUUGACCACCAUCGUGGCCGCCGUGACGUCACGUGCAAACCAACAAUAGAGGCAAUGGGACAGAGUUGCGACACUAAGGAGGUCAGCCUUUCCGUUACCAUGUAGAGCAUUCGUUAUGAGGAAAAACUUUCGAUUGUCAAAAAGUUAUUUUUGUACGGUUGUCGGUAUUGCACUUUUGUUCCUUUUUUUCUCCUUAUCUUUUGUUUUCAAUUGACAGUUUUUUUUCUUGGAUUUCGAUAUUGUGACUCUGAAACUAAAAAGCAAUCCUCUCUUGUCGUUUGGCGUGUCAACCCUCCUGCACAUGCGCAAUACGCCUGCAAACGUAAACAUGAAUGUAAUUAAGUGAAUAGGCCGAAGAUAAGUUAAAAAGAAAAACACGGGCGAAAUGUCAAAAAAUUUUGACACGUAACUUUUAAAUUCAGUAUCAGUCCAAUAUCUAAAGUCCGGAAGGCGAUUAUCGCAUUUUAUACGGCUAUCCCUCUAAAAAUGGAUAUCAGAUCAACAGUUCUGAAAACAAAUUUGUUUGAAUGUAUGUUCAAAUCAACGCAGAUGAAAUUAAAUUCUCGCUUUCUUUUUCUCCUAUUUUUUCUGUAAAGAUUGUUUUAAUCAGCGAUCGAUCCAUUACUCGAUUAUUUUGGAGAUUUAAUUAUCAUCACGUUUUCCGUGUAAGUUUUCUUUCUCGCACUAACAGGGUUCCCCUCCCCCACCCACCGAAAGAAAAGAAACCUUUUUUUGUACUACAUUCAGUUUGUGAUAUUUCUUGCUACAAACCCACGAUCUUAAGAUUUUUUGUUUAUUUCACGAUCGUUUCUUUCGCUCUUUAUAUGCUCACGUCCGUAUUCUGGGCAAGAUCUUUUUCUAUCGCAAAAUUUCGUUCUUUUUACUCAUUCAAAAAAUCCAACAAUACCUGACCGGGGAAGCGAAGACAAGUCGUAACACCACUCAUCGUGGCUGAGACAAGAUGGUUCAAGUCGCCAUAAGUUGGUGUUGAGAACUUUAGAGUUCGGAAACAGAUAUCAUACAGAGCUUCAUUGUCGAUGCAGUAUGUUUCGUCAGUGUUUUCGACCAACUGAUGGACCGACAGUGUCGCGUUGUAAGGCUCAACAACGGUAUCCGAUACUUUAGGUGAUGGUACAACGCUGAAUGUGUUCAUGAUUCUGUCGGGAUAUUCUUCCCUGAUCUUCGAAAUGAGCAGAGUUCCCAUUCCAGAGCCGGUUCCACCUCCCAGAGAGUGCGUGAGCUGAAAGCCUUGAAGGCAAUCGCAGCACUCUGUUUCUUUGCGGACGACAUCGAGUACGGAAUCUACCAACUCGGCGCCUUCAGUAUAAUGUCCUUUUGCCCAGUUAUUUCCAGCGCCGCUCUGACCUGAGGGAAACGUGGCAUCCUCUGUGUUAAUUUCUGAUGCAGAUGUUUGAGUGUCGCUCAUUAUUUUAAUAUUCAUUUGCACUUACCGUAGACGAAGUUGUCAGGUCGGAAGAUCUGCCCAAAAGGGCCGGAUCGCACUGAAUCCAUCGUGCCUGGCUCCAGAUCGAUAAGGCAGGCUCUGGGAACAUAUUUUCCACCUAGAAUAAUGUGCAAUGAACGCCAAUCGGUGAAUGGCUACCAGACAUUAAGGUUAUUCAGUGCUAAGUAUUGCUUUGUGCAUCCUUAGGGCGCACAAUUUCACUCGUGAUUAGCGUGCGCACAUUAAAGCAUGGCGCUUUUCUCGUUGAGGCUAGAGCUCCGCAGGGUGGUGACGUGUUUCUUUUUAACAUUAACAGUAACUUUCUUUGUCUAGAAUAAAUGUAGACUAAUUCCCAGAGCAGAAAAAGAAACAAUCGUCGGAAAACUAUUCAAAACAUGUACUCGUGAAUAUAUUAAUCAUAUUUGUAUUUUAAGGAAUUAUUGGGUACAGACAAGUCGCUCCUGCUCCUAAACCAGUAUGGGGCUCCCCCCAUUUUAUUUCAAACUUUACGUUUCUACAACAUACACAAUCAGUCGGUGAAGUUUGACAAAAAUCUUACCGCAGCUGGUUCGAUUUCAGAGGAAUGACCUUUAAUCGAAAUAGAGAACUACAGAAAUAAAACUACCCUAAACUCUUCGACGCAGGCAAGGUUAAAUGAACGUAAAAGCAGUAAGCCUUGGUGUUACAAGCGGAACAUAACGUUCCGUUGAAUGCUUUGAUCAAAAGUGUGAAAAUUGAUUGCAAAUUUGGUUUUCGUGGACUUAGCCUGCGUGGCAAGCUUUCAAAAGGGAAGCCGGGGAAGGGCAUUUCGGGCGCGACCGAAUUCCUUGUCCCCUUCCGAGGGCCCGUUACUUUAGCACGCAACGGAACACUUCGGACCAUUUGACUGACUGUUAAAGUACCUGUAGCUUCGUUGUAGUAUACAUUGAUUCUUUCCAACUGAAGAUCAGAAUCUCCGUGGUAUGUGCCAGUUGGGUCGAUGCCAUGCUCAUCAGAAAUCACUUCCCAGAACUGAAAAACCAUGAAGAACAGUGAGAGUUCUAGGCUUUUUAGAUAAAAAAUGGAUAUAUUUUAAAUGUUAGGGUGUACACCAUACCUUAGCGCCAAUCUGGUUACCGCACUGCCCGGCUUGAAGAUGAACGAUUUCACGCAUUUUUGAUAGAUUUUGAGCAAGCGAAGGAAGGCUGAACUUUCUUCUCUGUCGGUCUUGCGAAAUACUUAAAGUGAUUUUAUGGUGAUUUUCGUAGGCUUCGAUUGCAUGAAUUAUUGACGAUGACGUUUAAUAGCUGUUACUGAUGUCACGCGAAGUCCAAACAAAAAUAGUUUAAUAAUAGAAAACAACUAAAUAAUUCGUUUUGUCUCGCAAACUUUAGAAUAAGCAAAAUUUCUCUUCAUACAAAUAAUUUGCAAAAGUGCGAAAAUUUACAAACCUUUUAUUUGUGUUUUGUAAAUAAAUGAAUGCCGAUGGGCGGCAUGCCACCGUGGAGUCAGUGAACUUGUCAAAAGUGAUAGUUUUGAAUUUGUUAUCUCCACGAGCUUGCGGUAGUUAAACGUAUCCUAGAGAUUAUUUGCAAAGUUACUAUAGAUUUAAUCACGGCCAAAGUACACUGAAGGUAGGGUACAAAGCCAAUACAAGCAGCAAUACUAUAAAAUAUCUUUGUUUCAAAAGCAAAGACAAUAUUUUAAAGGGAAACGUAAAAGAUGUUUCAAUAUCUGAAGUCCAUCUUAAAUUGACGGCAGACUUAAAAUUGCAAAUUAAUGCAUCCUGAUGGUAAUUUCCUUAGUCAAAAAUAAAAAAUUAUUAUUGUUAUUUAAGGCCGUCAAUUUUACGUGAAUCGCUCUUUUGUUUUGAGCUUCUUCGUGUUUUAACAUCAAUAGUGAUGUAUUUUUUUCGUCCACUUUGAGUUUUCCAUGUGUCAGUAAUAUGGAAUUGUGUCAAGAACUGUUUCGUGCUUAACCGCUUUCUUAUAUCAUUCAUUCAGUGCGUUUCUUGCAGAAUCUUGCAUUCUGUCGUUCUUGCAGCUUGUCGGCUAUAACUUCCUGAAGUUAAAUACGUAGUCUUACUUUGAUCUUUUAGUUCCUUUUUUUUUGCGUUCCUUAACUAUUGUUUAUACUAGGUGCGACUUUUUUCCGACUACAUUUGAACUUCCGGUAAGUUUCUAAGUUUUUUUUUUGUAGUCUAGUGAUUAAAUAAUCUACUAGAUUUGAAACCUGAAAACCAAUCAUAAUGUGCACGCACAAUCAAAUGAACCAAUCAGAUUACGAAGUUAACGUUGUACCCGACUCCAAGCGCGGGAAAACAGACGCGUGUGCGCACGGUGCAAUUGGUUAUGGUUCAUAAAUGGUUCAUACUAUGGAUUGGUUUAGACACUUUUGCGAGACUUCCUAGCCAAUCACAUGGCGCAGCAAUGUAAACCAAAGCAAAAACAAAAUUACUCUCCCCUCUUAAUUGAUAACCGUUCUCUUCGCCAUGUUCACUACUCACCUUUUUCUCGUUUAGCGAAAUGUAUCAAUAAUCUGUUAUGUUAGAAGUGUAGCAUCAAGUGUGGAGGCACAAUACUUGGUGUGACGAUAACCAGUCCUUCAUAAACCACUUUUCAAUGGCUUAUUUUAUUUCUUGGUCAUAAAACUGUUUCAUGCAUUUCUUUCUGAUUCAACAUUUUUGGGAGAGGGAAGAGGGGAGAACCUGCCCCCCGAAUUUUAACAGUCUUAGACAAGCCGGUGAAGAGUCUUGACGUUUUGAUUUUAUGAAGAGGUUUGCAUGUUUGUGAAGUUCUAGGCUUUUUAGAAGGUAAUUGACUCAUUUGGCUUGUGGUAAUAGACGUCAAGUGACCCAUUUGGCUGGUAAAUCUGUGGUAACCCCCUCCUCUCACCUCCCCUCUCUUCCCCUUCCCUCCCCUCCAGGCUGGUGCACCACAAGGUAAUUUUUUUUUAUAGUACUGCUUUCAUCACUGGAUACUGACUGCCGAAUUGCUUUUCCCUCAUAUACAGUAUUAUUAGCUUUACUUGCAACAUUUAAUUUCAUGCUCUUAGAUGGAAUACCACAUAUUUGUAGAGGAGUUCAAAAGGAACCCGGGCACAACGUGGAUCAUGAAGCCUGUGAGUUUAAGUGAAUAAGUACCUUCAUUUUUUCCACCUACUUACAAAUCCAUUCUUUACAUUUGUGACUGUUAAAACUUUCAUGUUCAUGUUGUAAUUUGCAAUGCCGUAGAAAAGUUGACUAUUCAAACUAGAGCUGUUGGCGAGGAAAUUUUAACGUGAAAACCAAAAAAACAAACAAUAAUUCUCGUACCCUACCACGCAGGCGUUCUUUUGGCUCUUCACGCAAUUCUCCCCGAAGAACGUGUGACGAAGGCCAUAAUUUUCGCUGCUUGAAAUUGCCUUAAAAUUGUUCUAAGUACUCAUACUUAUUCUGUACUUGUAAUCGGAUGUAAUGCUUUCUAUUAUUAAUCUUACCUUGAUGAUUUUGCUGAUAUAUCAGGUCGGCAAGUCUCAAGGAAAGGGGAUUUUCCUGUUUAGGAAACUUAAGGACAUUAUGGAUUGGAGAAAGGUAUUUCAACAAUUAUAAAUUAUUAUAGGCUUGUAUGUUUUGUUUUCCCAAUGUAGGUCAUGUGAUAAUACUCUAGGGAACUGUUUCAUUGAAACAUCAUCUUAUUUCCGUGCAUAUACACGCAUAAUUUAUGAAAAGACGAAGAGGCAAAUUUCCCUGAAGACCUUCAUUGGGAAAACAAAACCUACAAGCGUAAGAGGUCUAUUAAACAAAAUAGAUAGUAAAUAAGAUAGAAAGUGAUACACUUUACUAGGGUACAUCCAAAUCUCGAGAUAAGCAGGGAGAAGGGACUUUCUGAGCCUCGGUUUCAUCUAAAAUUAGGGGAGGAGGGUGGCUCUUACCCGUCCCCGAAAUAUCUAGAUCCGCCACUGCUUUAAAACGUGCCCAUACCACGUGUACGUGUGAUCUUUUAUCACCUGUUUUGCUCUGAGAAAAGUUUCAUCAAGUCAUCCCUUUCUUGGCAUGUAAAAUGGCGCGUAAAAGGCGCGAAAACAUUUUUGUGAUGCUUUAAAAGAUCUGUAGUGGCUUUAUCUUUCAGCUUGAGGGUGAAAAACGGCCUUUUUCCACGUGGUCAUUCUUGUCUCGGACAAAAUCCUGAUUUUUAAAUUAAAAAUCAUUAAAUGAAGUGGCUAAAUGGAAACAAUAUUGUCGAUCUUUAACUUUCUUUUCUUGUUUAACUUUUUAGGAGGACCCUUAUCGUGCAGCUAUGUCAGAUGACAGAGUAAGUUGGUUCGAAUCUCAUGCUGUAAAAGCGGAACAUAUCCGUGGGCCAUAUUUACAUUUAUUUUUUUUACAGUUUCGUACAAGAAUAAAGAAGAAUGCUGUAUUCUUUAUUUUUUUGACUUCACCCGUUUUAGAGAUGUUCAACUUAUUUGAAAUCUUGUGAACGCUUUAAGAAUAGAGACAAAUCAUAAAACGAAGAAUACGUCUGCAGAGAGGGCGUUAAGAUAAUUGAAACUUGCAUUUAUACCUGAUUACAAGGCCUCGUUCUUGCUAAAAUGACAAUGUCAUUCUCCAUUUUUUACAAACCUGUGGCCACCCUUAAUGGUUAAUGAGUAAACUAAAUGCAACAUGGACACUGUACAUGUUUGGAACGGGUAGUUCUUUCUCUGGUUAUAGAGACGCAAAUGGUAAUAUUUGGUUUAAAGCUAAAAGAGACUAAAGCCAAGAAUGUUGCCAUGGCAACCUCACAAUAUAGCACCUCACUGUUUGACGUUGGUUUUAAGUUUCAGUUAUUUCUUUCUGGAGAAAUUCCUCGUUUUAUGAUUUGUGUCCAUUCUCAAAGCAUUAUGAUGGCAUCAAUUUUCAAAUGUCAAGAAUAGCUAAUGGCAUGUCAUCUGCUUCGAGUUGCAAGAACCAUAAUUUGAGUUGUCGGGGUAAAUUUUGACCAAGGGAAGUUCGAGUUACGGGGGUUUUUCGUCUUUCUCCAUUUGACAUGCUGUACUGCAGAACAUUUGAAGUCACAUUUAUGAUAUGCUUUUAGAAGGACGACAAAGAGCCUCCAGAGGCGUACGUUGUACAACGCUAUGUAGAAGAUCCAUAUUUAAUAGGAGGUGAGUCUGUACCAGGCUUGUUGACCAAUUGGAAAUUGCGGUAGGAACUGGGUCGAUGUUGUGUCAAAUUGCACCAUGGGAUUGUUUUCGGGACAAAUGCUGCUCCAGUUUCCCGCGCAGCUGCGUAAUCGUCAAUGAAAGAAGUGGUACUUACCCCAAGUGUCCCACAAUGUAGUUCGACACAACGUUUACCCAUUCUCACUCUGAAGGUUGAAAAUGGCUAAUGCGAUCGUUUUUUUUCCCCCCAAUUGUUCUAGUUUUAACCCAAACGCCCCUUUCAAGAUAGUCAGGGGACAGAUGAAUAGUGAUAGUCGCUCCUGCAAAUAUAUAAAUGCAGUAACCAUUCAUCCGUGUGAUGCCUAAAAUGCGUACAAUUCGACCAUUGAUCUGGGCUCAAUUAAAUCAUUUUCAAUGAGAGAAAUCUUUGCUGCCCUUUUUCUAAGGAAUCUGGACGUAAUGUCUUGUCCUGGGUGCUACAGUUGGAUGCUUCGAUCAGUAACCUAAAGUUGAGUUGAAAUUAAAGUUUAGACCCAAAAUCAUCAAAACUAGAAGUUAAUUCUCGACGAGCGCCCUUGAUAUAAUGUAUAGGCUGGACCAUUCGUUACAACACUAAACAUUUAACGCCUUAAACUGCUGUUUUUAAAGAAUAAAAAUGAAAUCCAAGCUUUCGCCAAUCAUCGGCAGCAUCUGGGAUAAGAAAAUAUUCCGCGUGGAGCUAUAUAUGUACAAAAUGAGUGUAAGGUAAACUGUGUUAAAAGCAGGAAAAUGGGGCAACGUAUAUAAAAUUAGGGUAUAGAAUAGAAAUGUUAAUUUUUUAAUUUUUCCCCCAGUACUUUGUUUUUUCCUUCACUUUUAAAACCGGAAUUUCUCAAUUUGCCUUCAAUUCAGAAUGGUAGACGAAGAACCAUUUUGUAAUUUAUUCAUUUCUCUGUGUAUUUAUGAUUCGUAGGUAGAAAAUUCGAUUUAAGAGUGUAUGUCCUCGUAACGACAGUAAGUGUCAUACCUUCUUUAGAUAACACUGGCUUGUUGAUAUUUGUAAUUUUUGUUUAAGGUUUUUCUGAGUUUAUGCUUCCCCUUAAUCCGCUGUGAAACGCUCUCUCUUUUAAUUUUUAGAUGAAACAAAAAGUAGAACGUUUCACCUCUCUGAAGGUCCUAUUCUCUGUCACCCUCCCGGGGGGGAUACUUCCUUAUAAGAGGCAAAUGGGGAUGAGCCGCUGGAUGGGGUCGCAUUUUCACGACUGGAUUGACUAUAAUGGGGUCGCAUUUUCAAUAGAGUUACCAGAAUAGGGUCGCAUUUUUUCGGAUUUUUGGGGUAAGACAGUUCUUCAUAUUUACGGUCAGCAAACGUACCAGAAUGUUUGUACUGUAGAUGAAAAGGAAGCUACAUAAACAGAAAGUGACUAAGUUGGGAUCGCGAAAAUUACAUAUUUGCCCAAAAGUGACAAAGAUGGGGUCUAUAAUUGGCCACAGAAUAGACUAUAAACAAAAAUUAACCCAAGUACCCCCCGGGUCUGUCACCUUUUAUUUCAAAAUUUACUACGUACGAUUAUGUUACGCAUUUAAUACCCUUGUGCAAAAUGGGAAUGUUUAUACCUUAAGAAAGCUUCGCUCCCCUUAAAUGUGCCCUUAAAUGGUGAAGUGUUUAUCUAAAGUACUAAAAAUACAUGAUUAUUGCUUCGAAUGUAACGUAGUUUUACAAAGAUAGACAGAGCCCAUUUGCCCGUGAAGAUUAUCUCUGAAAGCUGACCAUUUACCCCUCAGUAUGCUCCAAUGUGUGCCUGGCUCUACAGAGAAGGUUUUGCAAGAUUUUCGAACACGCGAUUCUCCUUGGACUCGAUAGAUGAUACAUGUAUCCUUUACUCUUCCUGCGGUGAAAAAGUAAAGCAGUCCAUUUUACCGACAAUAAUGACAAAUACCUUUUCCUAGAGUGGAACAUUGUAGAUGUUUCAGGAACUUAAACAAGCUAAUGGAUGAAAAGAUCAAAACAUGGCCUCUUCGUUUUCCCGCCAAAAUUCUAAUAUGGAGAAGGCAUUAUACGAUUGGCCAAUCGUGUUGCAGUAUGACGUUAAAGCGAAAUAUUUAUUGAUUUCUGGAAAGUUCACGGGCAUGACGUUUUUUCACCCGAGCGUUUGC